AGGGGUCAAGCAAUUUUUUACACCACUGUAAAUCAAUAAAAACAGAAAUUCUGUGAAGUUCUCAAGAGUUAGAAAAGUUUAACUAAGAUCCUUGUUUGAACUGUAUAUAUAGUCAGGAGAAUAUACAGCAGAGACAACUACAAGCAGGAACAGUUCAAGAUGAAGAUUUCUGUGGUUGUAUUAACUUGCUUUUUCUUCUAUGCAUGUGUGUCUGAGACCACAGCUCAGCCAACAGGAGAUGUCGGUGACACAGAUGACGGCAUCAUUCAGAAACCUGGUGGCCAAGACUGUGGCACAGCCGAAGGCCAGAAAACCACUGAGCAACUUUAUGUCAUUUUAAGAGAGCUAGAAACCAAACUUAGAGACACUCAGACAGAGAUGGAGGUCCUGAAGUCACAAGUUCAAGGCAACAAGGUAGCAUUUGGUGCAUCCAUAAGUGCAAGUGAAAAUAGUGAAAAUAUUGGACCUUUUAAUACCCACACCACAGUGAUCUACAAAAAGGUCUACUUCAACACAGGAUCAUUCAACCGGGGAACAGGUAUUUUUACAGCUCCUGUCAAAGGAGCCUAUUACUUCAGCUUCUCUGGACAUAAUUUAUCAUCUAAAGCAAUGGGCCUGCAACUGAUGAAGAAUGGAGAGCAGAUGGUCACUGUCUACAACCAUGUUGCUGGAAACCGUCAUGAGACAGGAACCAAUGGGAUGACUCUGCAGCUUGAAGUUGGAGACCACGUUUACAUGAGACUGUAUGAAAACACCUGGAUUUUUGACAAUUCAAAUGAUCAUAGUACCUUUAUUGGCCAUUUAUUAUUCCCUCUGUAAAGUUCCUGCAAAAGAAUAAGCUAACAUACACAUGACAUAAAUUUUAUUUCACUGAUAAUAUUUAGUGGUAACACUUACUGAUGGGGACAGAUAUCAGGAUAAAAAUAGACGUUGUGUGUGCUAUGUCUUAAAUGUGAGGUGAUCUGAUGUAUGUAAUAAAAAUUUUUUUACAAUCAUAUUCAUAUUUGACCAAAUAAAAUCUAAUAAAACACAAAUUGUUUUCAUUGCAAAAACCUGUUCCAUUCUUUGAAAAUCCAUUUGUGGUGAAUCUCCUCUAAACUUUUAUUCAGUUUUAAACAAGGAUGUGAAAACAUCAUUUUCUCAAUUGCCUCAAAAGAUGUUAAAAAAGUCUUCAAAACAUGAAAAACUCAAUAAAACAUAUUUGCACAGCAUGGGUGACAAAUGAUUCUGAAACACAAAACGCCUCUGUCAGUUUUACCAAUAUGACUGUUUUAUUUGAAUUAUUAUUAGUAUAUUAUGCUAUAAAAAUAAAAUUUAAUUGACUGAUUGAUUGAUUUAUUAGCAUAAUUAAAGAAAAAAGGAAUAAAAUAAGGAAGCACAUAAAUAAUAUGAACUGAUAAAUAAGAAUAUAAAGAAAUGUAAAUUAAUCAGAGAUGCGCACUCUUACUGAGGCCAGCCAUUCUCAUAAUGUUACUUUAACUAAGCAGUACUGAAGCUGAUAGUUCUGACAGUGUAACCGAGUAACGGACAAAUUGAUGUAUUAAUUUAAAGAUUCAAUCACCAAAAGCUUUGAAAGACAGGGAAGAAUGGAUCAUCCACAGGCUCAUGUUUGAUUAUUUGUUAAAGCAUUUUUGUUGCUAAAUGCUCAUAAUUACAGUCAGGAAUAGAUUUAUUACCGGGUCAGUUGUUAGAAAACGUUUAUCUUUUUGAAAGUAGGUUCAGAAAACAGCCAACAUGCAGAAUAAAUCAUGAAAGAAAGAUAUAAUCAUAAAGCAAAUGCAAAUCUAAAAGAAAACACAAAAACACAUACAGUAUGUCUAUUUCUUCAGCUGCUUUGGACAAGACCUGCUGUCCUGUCAAUAAUCUUGGUCUAGCAAACCUGCUGCAGCAUAUUUCAUCCCUUCAAGUUCAGGUAGGGAUAUGUCUACAUGGUGCUCAAAUGUCAGUUAUGGCAAUCAGUUCAGUGGGUUAUUUCCAUAACUUGAGACUUUAUUUCAUCUUCACAUUCUUCUAAUGCAACAAGACUCUGGCUUCCAUCUGUUCCGUAACACCAUCCUGUUAUUUUUUAACCUUCUCAACUUAUCUCUGUACACUAGUUCUUCUCUUACAUUUACACAAAAUAUUGUUUUAAUUCAAAUAUCACUCUUCUUAAAUUAGAUACAAAAAUAUGUGUUCCUCUUGAACUUUUCCAUAUUUUGUCACAUUACAACCACACACAUAAGUUAGAAUUUAAUGUGAAAGACCAAGACAAAAUGGUAAACACUUACGAAGUGGAAAGAAUAUUAUACAUGACUGAAUUUUUUUUUUUUUUUACAAAUAAAACACUGAAAAGUGCAGUGUGCAAAACUAUUUAGACCCCUGGAGUGAAUACUUUGUGAAACCAACGGUUUGCUGCAAUUCCAGCUGUAUGUCUUUCAGAGUGCAUCUCUACCAUCUUUGCUCAUCUACUGAAUUUUUUGUCCAUUUGUCAUGAUUUGCAGUUGUGGAAUGUGGACGCAGUGGGCCCAGGUAAUACAGAAAAUUAUGGUCUAAUGACAAAUAAUGCACAAAAUCCAGGCAGCACAGGUGAGCAGAAGGCUACAAGCUCAGAACUGGUAGCAACUGGAAAAUAGAGCUAGAAACAACGAUGUUUCACAACAGUAACGACGAGAACCCGACAAGAGACACAGGUGGAUUCAAAUACACAGAGGGUAAUCAGGGGAAACGAGACACAGCUGGGGGAGUUCAGGGGGUAGAAAGGGAUGACAAAGACACUGAACUGAACACACAAACCUACAUAAACACACAGAAAAAUCAAAUCCUCACAACAUUCUUCUUUGUCAAACAGCUCAAGCUCAGUCAGAUUAAAUGGAGAGUAUUUGUGAAGAGCAGAUUUUAGAUCUUGUCACAGAUUCCUGAUUGGGUUGAGGUCUGAACUUUCAAACCCAUGAAUAUGUUUUGUUUUAAACCAUUGCAGUGUAGCCCUGGCUUUAUGUUUUGGGUCAUUGUCCUGCUGGAAGGUGAACCUCUGCCACAGUCUCAAGUCUCUUUCAGAGUCCAGCAGGUUUUCUUCCAAGAUUUUUCUGUAUUUGACCCAUUCCCCUUCCCAUCAACUCUGACCAUCUUCCCUGUCCCUUCUGAAGAGAAGCACCCUCAGAGCAUGAUGCUGCCACCACCAUAUUUGGGAGAGGGCAUGGUGAUGUGCAGUGUUAGUUCUCCACCAUACAUAGCACUUUGCAUUUUGGUUUUAAAAGCUUUGCUCUUGCCAAGUUUUUAUGAAGACUACAUUUGUGCAGUGCACAACCAAUAGUUUUCCUGUGGACAGACUCCCCCACCUGAGCUGUGGAUCUCUGCAGAGUCUCUCCAGAGUCACCAUGGGCCUCUUGGCUGCAUCUCUGAUCGGUGCUCUCCAUGAUUAAAUCUUUUAGGGCUAGGAUUAAGGUUAUGGGUUAUACCCUCUGCACUUCACAGAAUUAAUGUCACAAGGUGACAACAUUUUAACACUUUUUCCAUUUAUCUGUUGUGAUCAUGGACAAGAAUAACAGGACAGGCCAACUUUUCAACUUCAUCUCUACAUAACCCAUUUUUAUCACAGGUUUCUUCCCGUGAUAUUAGGUGGUGUUUUGUUUUCAGCUCAAGGAGCAGCAAUAGAAUCCAGGUCAGUAUGUUGUUCCCAUAAUUUGAGACUUUAUUUCCUCUUCACGCUCUACUACUUCAGCAAGGCUUUGGCUUGCAUAUGUUAACACCAUCUUUACUGGGUCACUGUUGAAUCUUAUCAACUCUGUACACAGCUAGUUCUUUUAGCAUUUAUUGUAGGAUUAUAUUAUGUGGCAUUAUUUUUUUUUGAUGCUUAUUUGGUGUUAUGACAAAAAUUAUUAAGCGUCUCCGUUCUUAUGACAUAGCAGUCUAAUGUCUGUUUAUUCUUACCAUCAUGGAUAAAAGACAGCCUUUACUAGCAAAAGUGAAAAAUAAAUAAAUAAAUGAACCACCCGUUCAAGUAGUUGUGGAUACAUUGGUUUUUAAACUUACAGAGCAAACAAUCAUUUCUUUAUGAGUCCUGCACAUGAAAGUGUCAGCAAUCAUGCAGUUUACCAAAAAUGUGUAGCUAAACCAGAAACCCUAUCCAUUUUAUUCCUGGUAAUGCUGAUGUAGGAUUGAUUGUGUUAGUUUUAAGGUGUAGCUAGUGAUGUGUUUUGUAAUUGUCAAGUUAAAAAACUUUGUGUGUUUGAUUAAUUAAGGUGUGCAACUCAACUGAUUUUACUCUGGGUAAUUUCUCACAUCCAUAAGAUGACAGAAUUGGUUUGUCUUCCGAUUGGGAAACCCCAAUAAUACUCAUUUUAAUCUGUACUUCAGAUUAAAACAGGGAUUUUUUCCCUUUAUCAUAAAAGGAAUCAGUUUUAUCACUUUGUAAGUUCAGAGUUUAUAGGUCUUGACAAAUUUCACAGAAUGUAUUACAAAUUGCUUGAUAUAUAUUGAAUUUUUUGAAUGAUAAUGUUAACACAGGACGAAAAAUAUAAAUAAUAUUCAGUUUGUUUAAACUGGACACGAGUAAGAGAUUGAAAUUGCUUCAGUUGUCAAUUUUAGGGUCAUGUAUUACAGUUUAUGAACAAAAUAGGUCAAGAAUGAAAAUUUGUCUCACCUCUACAAACCCUUGUUGACUCUUAGCUGCACAAGUCUGCCCUCUUGUGGACAAAGAAGAGAGAUAAAGUCCAAAAUGAAAAGAAAAGGCUACAGUCUUCAAGUCUCAAAUACCUUCUCCGCAAAUGAUAACUGUUGGUUUAUUCAUAUAAGCUCUGAGAUAAAAA